AUUGUCACCAAACGCUCAGUCCUAAUCUUCACUGUCAUCCCCAACUGUCUCUCCUCUUGCACGAGUCAUCAUGGCAACCAAAAUAGUUAUUCAGCAGCCUAAGCCACUUGUUUUGGCCCCUGGUUCUGACCAGUGGUCCUCUGGCAUCUGUGAAUGUGACAACCUCAAUGACUGUUGCUUUGCGUUCUGGUGCUGUCCGUGUUUCGCCUGCAUCACAGCCAGAGAUCACGGAGAGUGUCUCUGCCUGCCUUUGCUGGACAGUUUUGGCCUCUUCCCACCCAUCACUAUGGCCAUGAGAGUCUCUGUCCGACGCACCUAUGGGAUUGAGGACUCUAUUUGCAACGAUUGUGUGUUAUCCUUCUGCUGCGGGCCGUGCUCCUACUGUCAGCUAAGACGUGAGCUGAUCGCUCGCAACCAUCCGGUCACCCUCUUCCGCAACCGAGCAAAAUAAAGAAGUUCAUCCUCAGUCACUAAUUGUAACCUCAGCUUUAAAAAGAAUAAGCUUGUUGGAGAUGUGUAAUGCUCUCUGUUUGGAAUUCAGUUCUGACCCAAGGAAUGAUGUGGAUUUCAGUAGUAGCCUGCUGAGGAAUGAAGACUGACCCUUCUCUAAAACCCUUCUCUAAAACUGCACGAUUCUUUAGGAUAACAAACUAUAUUGAUUUUUUUAUGUAUUGAUGUAGAUUUGGAGCACAGUGACACACUGUAUCAGCUGUGAGACUAUCACCUUGAAUCAUGAGGUCCUUGUUAAUUUUGUUUCAAAGCUGUUGCUUUUAGUUAUGUUUUGUUUGAUGUUGUGAAUAUUUGUUAAUAUAUUAUGUGAUUGUAUGUGCUGAAAUAAAAAUUUUGAGAAAAACUGCA